AUGGAUGAAGGAGAAAUCACCAAUGGUUUCCCUCCAAACCCAACUGGUGCUGCAUCCAACAAGAAUCCUCCAGUUUUGAAGAGGAAGAGAAACCUCCCAGGAAAUCCAGAUCCUGAAGCUGAGGUCAUAGCCUUAUCACCAAAGACUCUUAUGGCUACCAACAGAUUCUUGUGUGAAACAUGUGGGAAGGGUUUUCAAAGGGAUCAAAAUCUUCAACUCCAUCGACGUGGACACAACCUUCCUUGGAAGCUUAAGCAAAGGACGAGCAAGGAAGCAAGGAAAAGGGUUUAUGUGUGCCCGGAGAAGACUUGUGUACACCACGAUCCUUCAAGGGCUCUUGGAGACUUAACUGGGAUAAAGAAGCACUUUUGCAGAAAGCAUGGAGAAAAGAAGUGGAAGUGUGAGAAGUGCUCAAAGCGUUAUGCUGUGCAAUCAGAUUGGAAAGCUCAUUCAAAGACCUGUGGCACCAGAGAAUAUAAAUGUGACUGUGGAACCAUCUUUUCAAGGAGGGAUAGCUUCAUCACUCACAGGGCCUUCUGUGAUGCCUUGGCCGAAGAAACAGCUAGGGUAAAUGCAGCAUCAGACAUGAACACCUCUUUAGGGGGUAACAUUGGUUACAACAUAAUGGGAACACCAUCCCUAGGCCCUAAUAUGGCAACCCAUUUUUCAUCAAUUUUCAAGCCAGUUUCAAGCAUUGACGAAACAACUAAUCCAACAUCUAAAGGACUUUCCCUUUGGAUGGGUCAAACAUCUUCUCAGGCUCAAGAAACAAUGGCUAAUGGCAAUUUGCGUGAGAUUCAUCAACUUGAAAUAUCAACGACAAACUCAGAAACAAUAUAUUGUGGAACCCCACUUGUCCAAAGCUCAAAUCUCCCACCCUCUAAUUAUCACCUAAAUUGGGUGUUUGGAACAAAGCUUUCCUCCAAUAACAGCCAAGAGCUAACCAGUAAUACUACCUCACUUCCACUAGGCAAUAAUACAAGUGUUCCUUCCUUGUAUAGCUCCCAACACCAACCUCAUCAAACAUCUUCAUUGGCAAACAUGUCAGCCACAGCUUUGCUGCAAAAAGCUGCUCAAAUUGGAGCAACCUCAAGUGACCCAUUAUGGCUUGGAAGCCUAGGUUUGAAAUGCAGUUACAAUCAAGGACAAGAUGGGGAUAACAAGUUCAGUAUGUACGGUUCAAGUUUAGUGCUCACAAGUGUUGGGAACAAGGCAGAGAACUCUGCAUGUGACUUGUCACAAAUGCUCCAUGCCAAACGCAGACACGUGCAGAAUGAGGAAAAUGGAGGAGGGCAAACUAGGGAUUUUCUUGGUGUUGGUGUGCAAACCAUUUGCCACCCUUUAUCAAUCAAGGGGAGGAAAAGGUGGGAAUUGAGUGCUUGA